AUGACUGCAGAAGCACACUCGCCAGCACAGGAAGUUGACCAGGUGCUGCGUGAUAUAGCGCUCAAGAACCUACAGCUACGCCGACUCACUGGUGUCCUGCUAGUGGAUUCCGAGUUUCUGCGCCUUUGGGACAAAUUCGACGAAGUGAAGCGUACACUCGAGCAGGCAUAUUGCCAGCAGAUAGAUCGAUUAUCCGUCGAUAGUGAAACGGAGGAUAUUAUUUCAUUACUGGAACUGAAGGUGAAAAUACUGCAGCGUUUAAGGAGAGGCUUGUUGGAACGGAUAAGCCGAUACAACGACGCGCGGAAGGAAGACCCACCAGAACUGCAGGAAAAACACUUCCAGGAGCGGUUACAGACAGCACUUAAACAGCUGAACAGAACACACAAACACUUUCGACGGAGUGUUUUAGACAUCAUUUGGGCUGUUGGGGAUAUUCACCAGCUGGAAAAAAUUGAAUCGUUGCUGAAAAAGACAGAUUUUUUGCACGGUAUCGUUUGCAAGAAUCAUCGAAACUGCCUGCACGUUCUGCCAGCCACCAAUCUUGACCACACUAUUGAGCUCAGCUGUGUUCGGUUACAGUUUGCCGCUAAUUCGCUUCUAGUUUUCGCUCUGAUCGAUUUCCGUGAGCUACUCAACACGAUGGAAAGCGAGGAGAGUAUUCAUACGAUGCAUGCUAAACUGCAGGACGAGAUACGACGUUCCUUGAAUGAUAUCCACGUGAAUGAGGAAGAACUGGUAUCUCUACGUCAGAAACUGUUCUCCUCAACGGACAGUCUCACAGCGCAGCGCGCCAUUGCAAUUGAGGAGCGGGAGAAACACGGACUUGAUCUACAGGAGCACUUGCGCACCAUCGACCUGCUCGAACUGAAUCGGCAAGAAAUUGAGGGUCGGGUUACCCUUUUAAUCGAAGAAAGGGAGCUAAUCCAGAAGCAGCUGGAUGAACGACGACGUCUACUCCAAGAUGGUAUGCACGAGAUUGUCCGCUUGGAGAAUCUCAUAGAGCAGAUCGAGCGAGAAAUAUCGGAGCGUACUGUCAGGUUCCAAGAGGAAACUCAAAAGCUCGAACAACGACGGCUGGAUGUCCGCAACGAUGAUACCCUCAGUUCUGAAGAACGAUCAAGGUUGUUGGCUGAAUGUGAUGCAGAAAUGGUUGAACAGCGUAAAACACACACUAGCGACAUUAAUUUACUUGAAGCUCGUUGUGAUGAGCUGAAACGUCUGUCCAAAAGUCUGGCCACUGAUGUCGGCAUGUUUCGUGACGAAGUAGCGCAGAAGCACCGUGACCAGCUGGCCGAGCUAGAACGUCAGAAGCUACUAGCGACGAAUCCCUCUCAGUUAGCCCUGAUCGAGGCACAAAUACUGCAGCAGCAGGAAGAAUUUGACGAAAAUCUCACCAUGUUGAGCCGUGCUCAGGCUCGCACAGAAUACUUUCACGGCGAACAUGGACGAUACUUUCUCAAUGAGGCGGGCGAACGAAUAUACAAACGGGAUUCGCGUGCUUCCGAAUAUCGUCUAGGUCCGGAUGGUGAAUGGAUUAAAAUUUCUCCCGCGCUCAGCCUUUCCACAGACGAAAACGGUGUUUACUUUGUAGAUAAAUUCGGACAAAAAAUUUACCAACAAAAAAAUUCCGCCGACGCGCAUGGUGAAUACUAUCCGGAUGAAAAUGCCACACGGGUGUACAUUGAAACACCAACUAAGCCAAUGCUGAGUGCAUCGAGUGAAUUCCCAUCCUCUCCAUUCCAGCGAACCCAACAACCUCAACCUACCAGUCCCAGUUCGCAGUCAUCCAUGGCAGAUCGGGAAUUUCUUGAGGAGUCGGAAUCAAUGCAGGAAUUGCGGGCACGAGUUGCUAACGAUGUGGCCUACAUCGAGGAAAGCGUAGGAGUUGCACUACGGAAAGGAUUGGCAGCGCUAACCCGAACCAAACCGGCAGAUCCAAUCGGUUAUCUGGCGGAUUACUUGGCGCUAUUGCAAAAGAACGCGUUGGAAACAAAGCGCCGACAGCAGCUGCUCGAACGACUUCGUUUAGCUGAAAGCGCGGAAAGCCGGAUAUAA